GCAAACAACUGUCUCGUCAUAGCUAGCUGAUCGAUCAGUGAAAAAAAAACGCCCAAAACUCUUGUAAAAACUACCGUUCCUGCCGUUAUAUACAUCAUGGGUGUUGAAGCAUGGUAUAUGGAUGAUAAUACUGAUGUUGAUCAGCGUGAAGAACAUCAUCGUAGUCCACCAGAAUACGUGAGCGAGGAAGAAAUCGCCAAACAUGGCAUUCUGUUCUGGACGGUAAAUCCAGAUGACUAUCAGAAUGAUGCAACAUACAACAAGGUCAGGAAGGAUCGUGGCUAUUCCUAUGAAGAUGAGAUCACCAUCACAAAAGAGGGGCUUCCCAAUUACGAAGAAAAGAUCAAGAUGUUCUUUGAAGAGCAUCUUCAUCUGGAUGAAGAAAUUCGAUUUUGCCUUGAUGGGAGCGGGUACUUUGACUUUCGAGACUACAAGGAGCGUUGGGUCCGCAUGAAGUUCACCAAGGGAACAUUCUUUGUUCUUCCAGCUGGCAUCUACCAUCGCUUCACCUUGGACACCAAUAAUUACGUGAAGGCGAAGCGUUUGUUUGUCGGUGAACCUGUUUGGACGCCUUACAACCGCCCGUCAGAUGAUAAACCCCAGAGAGCUGCCUACCUGGAAUCCAUCAAGGGCCUCGCUGAAGAUUGAUUCUUUGAAUGCGUACUCCUCGCUUUGAUCAUGAAAUUAACAAGGAUGUAAUAAUCGCAGGGUAAUAUUUGGUAAUUGUGUACUAAUUUUCACUUUUGUCUGACUUAUAUCAAGAAAUGUACUCUUCUUAAAGAUAUAUACCAGUUGUGGUAACAAUCUCAAAAUGAGUUUGAACAGAAUCCAAUGAAAUUACCACCAAAGUGUUUUAUGUAUAAAUCAAAGAUAUGUGCCAAGACACUCAGAAGAAAAUGCAAAAUUGCUGAGAAAUUAGCAAAAUAAGCACAGAUUUCGAUCAAAUGUCGGGUAUUAUUCGAAGCAAUAUUAAUACUCUCUCACAUUUGCUUUUCUUUGUUAGUGAUCACCAGAAUUAUCGAUUUUGAGCUAAGAUUUCAUGAUUUUACAAAGAUAAGUUUAAUACAUUUAUGUAACAGAUCUAGAUGUAUGAUAAUGACAAUCUUAAAUUAAAAGACUUUUCUCAUAAAAUAAUUGUUUGCUGCAACUACUGUGUUUUACCUUUAAGCUGGUGAAUUAAUGUUUGAAAUUAUUCCUUGUCAUUAAAUUACAUAUAGUCUUUCACUUAUCUAUCUGUUCUAGAUAUUAAAGGGGUGAAUUGAAUAUCUUGAAUAUUUCAGAAUAUUAAAAGAAGAAAUUUUCUUUUGCUUUGGACUGAAGGAGGCAUAUACAGAAUCUCUGCUGAACUUUUUAGAUAAAAUCAAAGUAAUGAAUUAUAUAAAAGGAAAAUUAGGCGAUGAAUAAAAGUUUACCUUACGUGCCUUAGAACACCCAGCGGGUAGGCCCCAUGGGUGACCAAACACAUCAGCAUACGAGUCUUAUGAGAUACAGAGUUCAUGCCUGCUUGAAGAAUCGUAAUGAUAUAAUGGUAACGUUGUUGUGACAAAUCAGAAUUUGUGAUGAGUCUGUACUGAGCACUUGGCUUAUAAUUAUAAAACUCUUACCAUUUGUGUCUGACCUAUUGCAUUUAUGAUUGAAUUACCAGCUGUGUCAUUAAUUUUGACUGUGAAUCCUUCGUAAUGUUGAAUACAAACUACUCUCGAAUUGAGUAUUCGGUUCGAUGGAAAAAGGCAUUUGAAUGAAAUAUUGUACAAAUUAAUAAGAGAAAAGGUCAAGUUUAUACCUACCCCUGUAUGUAAAAUAAACAAUACAUCAGAUCAAGAGAUGUUUUGGGAAAUUUAAGAGUACAUAUUAAAACAGCAUUGAAGCUGUCGAAUAUGCAUUCAGAAUCCAGCGCACAAAUGAUAUGAAGCAAUACAUUACAAUUACGAAGUAAAUAGUGGCUUGAAAAUAGCAGGCUCUGAUUUACUGGUGAAGUUAUACAUGUAUUUGAUGAUCAGGACUGAAGAUUUAACAUUCCUGAUUCCAUGUGUUCAUUGUGAAUUAUAUCAUUUUAUUUGCUAGGAGCAAGCAUUUUUCCAUUUGUUAUCUUUUAAAUCUUUUAAGAAAGGGGUGAUUUUGGAAGUCAAGAAUCUCAAAAUUUAUUUGGUCCAUAGUACUAAAACAUUGAAGUAUGAAGCAUUUGCGUAUGAUCUCAAAAUGACCAACUUCAGAGAUUCACUUGGUUGUUUUAAUAAUGAGUGUAGAAUGAUAACAUCCCUGAAAUAUUCUAUGUAUGGUGACUUUGUUUUUAGAUUAUUUAAACCAUCAUCAUGGUCGAUAGCCUGUGUGGUAGUAUAUUUAGAACAAACUGAGCAAAACAGUUUCGAUUGAUUGUAAUGCAAGUAUCAAUUGUAUUUCAAUCUUUCACUGUAUCUCAAUGUUUUAAAUGUGAAUUUAAGUCCUAGUUGUGGAUGAGAGUAUAAUGCAUCACUGCAAUGUCGGGUGGUGGGAGGGAUUUCUCACUCACAACCACAUGUAUUUAACUAUUGAACAUGAAUUAAAAUCUGUUAGGAAGCAAAUUUGUAUGAUAGUCAUGUGGAUGAAGUUAUUUUUAAAGCAGAUUCGUAAUUCAAUUCAUGUAGUUGAAUUCUUACAUAGGGUUGAAAAGUUUAAGUCCAAAGUUCAUUCUGUUAUAACCACCCCUGUAUUUGUAUCCAGUACCAUUAAGUAUCAUGUUUUCAUCAAGAAGAUUGCUUGUUCUAAAUAUAAUAAUCAAGAUACAUGUACUGAGUUUAGAAUUAGAGAUAUCAUUUUAUGUACUGGUAUUCAUUAUUGGGAAAAACGUAAGUUUUGCAUAUUUCAUAUUUUAUUGUUAUUGCCAUUGAAAAAAAGUUAUUGCAUUUAACUACAAUUUUAUUACAUUUUUGCAGACCUGUACCUUUAUCAUUUAGUUCAUUAUAUUCCUUGUACAAGGAGGUGAUGGUUUUUACAUAUUUUUAGCUCUUUAUCUAAACAAGCAUUAAUUGAUGUCAUUAUUUUAUUUAGGUAAAGUUCUUGUUUGAACAUGAAUAUUACUGUCUAUUCCAAAUUACUUCAGAAUUGUGACUAACAUCGCCCCAAUUCAUCUACAAACAUAUUUGAAAUAUUGCCAUUGAUCAUAUGGAAGAUAUGGUCAAUAUUUUAUAGUUUUAUUAUAAUUAUUUUCAUUUUAUUAUAAUUAUUUUCAUUUUACAAGUGUGAUGUAAUCCUGACUUCUGAAAUAAUGAACACAUGUUUGUAAUGAAGGAAAAAACCUCUCAGAAUUUGAAUUACAGGUGAAUAAGGUGUAUCUGCAGGGAAUUGUACAACUCAAUGUGAAAAAAAAUAUAUGAAAAAAUUGUUAUUUUAUAUCAACUAUUGUUAUUUUUAUGUAUUACAUUUUUUCCCAAUCAUGUUGAAGUAAAGAAAAGUGAAUUAAGAGUUUGAUGCAUUUAUUUUUAUUAUAUAUUUGUACAGAUAUUCUUGCCUUAUAGAUACACCAUGUUGAAAACUUGAGGUACAUUCUUUUAAAGAAAUUCAUAUACCCCUCUUAUGAUUAUGGGAUUAAAUUGAAAUGCCAAGAUAUGUAAUGACUUGAGACAACUGGCUGAAAGAUGAAGUUGAAUGCAUGGAUCAAACAUUUUAUAGUUAUUGUGGUAGAACAUUCACAAUAUAUGUUUUUUUUUAAAUAAAGACUAACAUGAGCUUGGUAUUAUAUUUACUGCCAUCAUCAAGUGAAAGCUAGUUUUUAAUGUCAGUUUUGACUAUUAUUGAACUUGUAAUUCAGGGAAAACAAAUAAAAUCAUUCAUCUGCAUUACAA